ACCAUGUCUUAACGUCAUUGAAAAGCAGCCAAUAGUUGACACCUGUUUUGUUGCCUGUAUGUUCCUCGCAAACAUUCACCUGCAAACCAAAAGAAACGAGCAGAUGCACCGAAUUAGUGGCUGUGCGGUGAGCAUCUGUUCAGAUCUAGAUCUUUAGGCGUCGUACAUUUCUCUAUACCUCACCCACGGACGGAUAAAGCUGACGAAGCUGCAUUUCGGCGCCUACAGGGAGGGAAGGCGGACCGAUAGCUUUAGAUAAGUAGGCUUAAUAAUGUCAAUUCUAAGUGACUCUGGAUUUGAGGACUUCCAUAGCCCGUCUCCGCCUUCAACUCACAGGCUUGUCUCUCGGUCGCAUGUAGAUGCAGAGCAAUGUCCGCUGCUGGCCGACUGGCAGCUAUCUCAUUAUGAUGAAAGUUGCUUUACAAUUCAGCAACACAACGAAAAGGAAUAUCUAACUAGGGACUGUUUAACUCAUCAGCCGCAGGUAAACGCUGAAGCUCGUUGUAAACUUGUGAGUUGGCUCAUCGCUGUCCACAGACAUUUCGAGCUGUCUUUCGAGUCCUGUUGUCUUGCCGUGAACAUCAUGGAUCGCUUCUUGGGCACCACUGCGGUGGCGUCUGACUGCUUCCAGCUGCUUGGCGUCACCUCGUUGUUAAUCGCCAGUAAACAGGUGGAGGUGUGUUCCCCGCGCAUCAGGCAGCUGCUGUCCCUGUGCUGUGGCGCCUUCUCUCGGGAGCAGCUGUGUAACCUAGAGUGCCUUGUGCUCCUGCGUCUGGGCUUCAGGCUGGCCGCCCCCACGCUGGCCUUCUUCCUGCAUCACUACACCCUCUCAGCCAAUCACAUUCUACGCCAGGACCCUUUCAUUUACAGCCGACUACCUACGGAGGUCUCAACCAAUCAUGGCCUAACACAGGACUCGUUAACCUGUCUGGGCCGACCUCAGGAGCCCUCCAUGAACUGCCACAGCUCACAGGACCUGUCCCCCUGUCCUGGCCCAUCACACCACAGCUCACAGGACCUGUCCCCCUGUCCUGGCCCAUCACACCACAGCUCACAGGACCUCUCCCCCUGUCCUGGCCCAUCACAGCAGCAGACGCUGGAGCUCACGUACCGUACAAGCGGUGCGCUGAACCUCCAGUGGGACGAGCGCUGUAGGAGCUUGGCACGGCAGAUAUGUGAGCUCAGUCUGGCGGACUAUGCCUUUAACCGCUACCCACCGUCGGUGACCGCACAGAGUGCCGUGAGGCUGGCGCUGGAGCUGCUGGGGGCGAGCAGCACAUCUCCUGCGAAGGGUUCUCUUGUGGAGGGUUCUCUUGUGGAGGGUUCUGCUGCGAAGGGUUCUCUUGUGAAGGGUUCUCCUGUGAAGGGUUCUGCUGUGGAGGGUUCUGCUGUGGAGGGUUCUCCUGUGAAGGGUUCUCUUGUGGAGGGUUCUCCUGCGAAGGGUUCUCUUGUGGAGGGUUCUGCUGUGGAUGGUUCUCCUGUGAAGGGUUCUCCUGAGCUGGCACUGCCACAAGUGGGAGACAUUGACCAGGAUCUACUUCAGAGCUGCACGGAGAACCUGAAGCUCCUUGUGUCACUCAAUCAAAUGGCAUUGCAGGCUCUAAUGGAUCUUUGAAAUAACUAUUGGGG